AUGCGCGCCGCCCUCCGCCGCUGCGCGGUCGCCGGCCCGCCGCCGCGCCGCGCCCUGUCGUCGGCCGCCGCCGUCGACGAUCGGCUCCUCGCGUCCCUGGAGGCCGUCUGCGACACGUCGACGAACGCGAGCAUCCUGGCGCGCCACGGCAAGGACGAGUCGCACCACGCGUGCGUGCCGCCCGACGUCGUCGCGUUCCCGGCGUCGACGGCCGAGGUGUCCGCGCUGCUGAGACUCUGCCACGAGCGGCGGACGCCCGUCGUGCCCUUUGGGGUGGGCACGAGCCUCGAGGGCCACGUGCAGGCGCCGCGGGGCGGCCUGUCCAUCGACGUCGGCGCGAAGAUGACGGCCAUGCUCGAGGAAAACGCCGGCGACAUGGACUGCCGCGCGGAGGCCGGAGCGACGCGCAAAGCCGUCAACGCGGCGCUGCGCCACACGGGCCUCGAGUUCAUGGUCGACCCGGGCGCGGACGCGACCGUCGGCGGCAUGGCGGCCUGCGGCGCGUCGGGCACGACGGCCGUGCGCUACGGCACGAUGCGCGACGCCGUCCUCGGCUUGACCGUCGUCCUCGCGGACGGGACGGUCCUGGAGACGGGCGGCCGCGCGCGCAAGUCGUCGGCGGGCUACGACCUCACGCGGCUCUUCAUCGGGUCCGAGGGCACGCUCGGCGUCAUCACGGAGGUCGCGCUCGCGCUGCACCCGGCGCCGUCGCACGUCUCCGCCGCGACGGUGCGCUUCGAAACGCUCGCGGCCGCCGUCGAGGCCGUCGAGGGCCUGCGGCUCCACGGCGUGCCCGUCGCGCGCUGCGAGCUGCUGGACGCGACGACGCUCGCGGCCUUCAACGCCUACAACGCGGGCGUCGCCGGCUUUUCGCCGCAGCCGCUCGCGCCGUCGUUGUUCCUCGAGUUCCACGGCAUGAGCGCGGCGCGCGACACACAUCUUCGACUCGCGGCGAACGUGGAGGAGCAGGCCGACGUCGCGCGGGCCGUCGCCGAGGACUGCGGCGGGUCCGACUUCGCGUGGUCCGCCGACGAGGGCGAGCGGAACCGGCUCUGGGCCGCGCGCCACUCGACGUACUACGCGUCGCUCGCGCUGAAGCAGGACGGCAGGGCCGUCGUCACGGACGCGUGCGUGCCCCUGUCCGCGCUCGCGGACGUCGUCGAGCGGACGGCGGCGGACGUCGCGGCGGCGGGCGUCGUCGGCCCCAUCUUCGGCCACGCGGGCGACGGCAACUUCCACUGCAUCCUCGUCUACAACGACGACGACGACGCCGACUACCUCGCGCGGCUCCACGGCGUCAACGCGAAGCUCGUCGCGCGCGCCAUCGACGCCGGCGGCACGUGCACGGGGGAGCACGGCGUCGGCGCCGGGAAGAAGGCCUACGUGCUCCAGGAGCGGGGGCCCGCGGCCGUCGGCGCGAUGCGCGCGGUCAAGGCCGCGCUCGACCCGCGCGGCAUCAUGAACCCGGGUAAGAUCUUCGACUAG